AUGGACUUUUGUGGAAAGAAACUAACUGAUGAGGAAAUGAUUCAGAAAACCCUAUCAACCUUUCCCACAUCUUCCAUGAUAAUAGCGAACCAGUAUCGUUUAGAGGUUGACAACAAAAGAAUCACCACAUUCACUAGGUUGAUAAACUUACUUCAAGUGGCCGAAAGGCACAAUGAGAUUCUUGUCAAUAACGAUGCCAGAGCUGUCGGGAAAAAUAAAGUUCCCGAAGCUAACCAUGGAAAGGUCAAUAAGGGAAAGAACCCCAAAGGAAAGAGGGCUCGAAAUUCUAAUUCACAUCCCCAUGAUCCAUACCCACGUGGAGAUAACACCUCUCGUGGGAGAGGACGUAAGGGACAUAAUCGAGGUCGAGGGCGUAAAGGUCACUCUAAUGUUUGGCAUAGAGAAGGAACUUCUGGACAUAGUGGUGGUGAUCCUAAGUUUGAGAAAACACCUAAAAAUCCCACUAACAAAAAGGCCGCAGACGAAAGUACGUCUUGUUUUAGGUGUGGAAUCACCGGACAUUGGUACAAGCAUUGCAAGGCUAAUGCCAAUGUAGCUGCGAGCUACAAAAAGUACCGGGAAACUCUCGAACAAGAGGCUCACUAUAUGGAAGAAAAUGAUGUGACCCCUGACGUCAACCUCACAAUUUCAGACUUCCCGGGCAAUGAGGAAUUUUCCCCAUCCAUGGAUGUGCCUGAUUUUGCUUGGGUCUAA